AUGGGGUCCGUUAAGCCACAUCAGCAAUCAGGGAGAGGCCACACUACUUUUCGCGGCACACAUGCCAUUUCUGUCUUUCGUCAAUUCAAGGCAUGUUUGUGCGUGCCGCUGCGCAGGGGUGAAAGUCGAGCAAUAUUUCGGAUGCUUUUCCCGGAGGAAGACCAUAGUCGACGAUAUGAUAUGCAGGAAAGAAAGCUCGCGCAAAUGCUUAUCUCAGUCAUGAAUCUCAGUCACAACGAGGGAGCAUGCCUGCUGAAAUGGUCAGAAAACAGCUAUGGCCAUAUGGCUGCGGGAUGUUUAGGGCUGGAAUUGCAGCGUGUCCUUUUUCAGCCGACAAUGGAUCAUAAUUCGCCCACUUUAUUGCGUAUUGACACUCUUCUCGACGAACUGGCAUCAACUUCGGCCUUUUCUGCACCUUCUGAUCCGCCUACAAGAAGAGGCACAAAACAUAUCCUGGGAGACUUGUUCAUGUUUCUCUCACCAUGGGAGUCCGCCUGCCUGGCACAGAUAAUUUUGCGUGAUAUUCGACCGCUGCUUUAUCCGUUGCCCUCAGAAAACUUCACAUCAGCACUCUUGUCUUAUAACUCCAAGGCCUAUAGUCGACUAACACUGCAAGCGGCUAUGCGUGUAUGGCAUCCUUUAAUGUUUGCGAUCUAUGGCCGAACAUCUUCUAUCGUGCUAGCAGCAACAAUGAUUGAGGAUCUCGAACCAUCAUGUACCGAACGUGAUUUUCGCGUUCCUGUCGGACUCGCACCCAUGAAAGUUCCAAAGUGUGUAAAGGGGACUUCCUGUGAAGGGGCAAUCGGUCUCCUGCGGAACGGGGGUCUCAUCUGGGCAGAAACUAAAUACGACGGGGAACGGGUCCAAAUCCAUGUCGAUACAUCCCUUGAGUUUCGUCGCCAAAUCCGCAUUUUCUCGAAGAGCGGCAGGGACUCGACGCUCGACAGAAUCGCUUGCCAUUCUAUCAUUCGGGAGGCCCUUAAUAUACGGCUGACAGAUGAAUGUGGUCGAGACCCUCAAACCUCCGUUAUACUAGAUGCGGAAAUGGUUGCCUUUUCAGAGGAAACGCAAACAAUCGAUGUAGAGUUUUGGAGAAUACGAAGUUUGAUCGAGGAGUCCUCGCGGGGUCACCGAUGGCGCCUGCGAAAUAAAUCAACUCCGACUGCCACUCAAUGCUCUAUCGUUUCGGAUAUCUCGAACUCUGGGAUCCGUCACUUGAUGCUGAUCUUCUUUGACAUCCUGCAUUUCAAUGGUAUUGAUUUGCUUCAUCAUAUCUACCGUGACCGCCGCGGCCUUCUGGAGAAGACUAUUCAUAGUCAAUUUGGAAAGGCCAUGAUCGCACAACGGCGAGAGGUCGGCGACCCAGACGUUUCAUCAGCCCAGACGUUGCGAACACUUUGUUCCGCUUUUGCGCAGUCCCGGUCCAAGUUUGAAGAGGGUGUUGUGCUGAAGUUGGAGUUAUCGAAGUACAAUGACGAACGUUGGCCAUGGGUUAAGCUCAAAGCGGACUACAUUCCCGGCUGCGGAGACUCUGUCGACCUGGUGUGUUUUGGUGCGGGAUGGAGUAAGGACAGAGCAAGAGAUUUGAAUGUCGGCACCGACACCUACACGGACUUCUUGGUUGGCACUCUGGCGGACGAUGGGGAAUUAAACAAUCAUCCUGUAUCACGUGCUCACAUCUGCGGAGUCUUCAGCGUUUCGUGGGCCAGAUCUCGCGCCGAGUUGGAGGAGCUCAAUUUCCUGAUUCGGUCAGAAUUUGUUGCAAGGGAUUAUAAUGGCUUCUGUUCCGCGAUCACGUCGUAUUCCGUUGAGAAUCUUGGCACUAGCGCCACUAGGCCCAGCGUGUUAUUUGAGCACCCAGUGCUGUGUGAAGUGUACGGCGCUGGGUUUACGAAAGCACGCGGUCAGAGCUACUAUGAAAUUCGCUUCCCAAGAAUAUCUAAAGUAUGGAGGGAGAGUGAGAGGCCAUGGAUGGAAAGUAUGUCAAGUAUUUAG